GUUCAUCAGUAGGUUUGGUGGGCUGGCUGGAUGGAUGGCUGGUGCUACAAGCAAUAUUGUUGCUCAAGGAUCUGUAUCUACAAUAAGGUUGGCCCACAAUAUAUAUACUAAAUAUGUGUUGUGGUGCAACAGUUCAAAAUAUUAAAUCGGGCGCGCGCGGCGUGAGAUGUGUUAAAUGAAAUUAACAACGGCUGGCUGUGAAUUUUUUUAGAACUUCCUUCCACCAAUCAGCAACUGGCCCCGGCCCCCUACUCCCUCUCUCUUUCUUUCUCUCUCCCACUCUCUCUUUCUUUCCUCUCUUGCUCUGUCUAUCUUUAUCUCACUCAUCACAUACAGCAUUGUCGUGAACUGUUGUGCGAAUUUGUCGAAUGUGAAAUUUCAAUUGUUGUAUUAAUACAAGUUGCUACUGCAAUAUGGGCACUAUAUCAUCCGUACUGCAAUGGUCGUGCGCCAAAUGCAAUACCAUAAAUCCGACCGAAUCAUUAAAGUGUUUCAAUUGUGGCACUGUGCGUAAGGUAUUCCCCAGCCCUACCGCAACAAUCUAUCAGCAAACGACACAAUCGCGUUCUCAGCCAUCGCGACACCAAAGCAGUUGGAUACAUCAACAGCAGCAGCAACACCAACAACAACAGCAGCAGCAAUAUCAACAUCGUCAACAACGACAUAACGAAAACCUGGUUGCAGGCUCUGCAGAGCUGGCCGCCGAGUGUGAUGAGGAGGAGGUCGCGACAAUUGUUGAUAAGCACAAAGCUGUGACCAGAACUGAGCACAACAACCAAAAGCAACAACAUCCCGGGCACGUUUACAAAUCACUGCUGCGCGGCUGUUUGAAGCGUCCGCAACGCAAUAGCCAAAAUUUACCAGCCAAUUGCAUUGACUGCGAGGAGACGCGCAAAUAUAUUAAGAACUCUAUCGAGUUAUAUCGACAUUUUUCGAAUCCGGCAUUGAAUCGGCGCUGGAUUUGUCACGCCUGUGACACGGACAACAAUUCAGUGACAUGGCAUUGUGUUAUCUGCGAUACCGUUAGUUAUCUGGCACCCAUCUAUAAGGAGACAUUAUGCACGCGAAGGCAUGAGUCAACGGCAGCAACUGGAGCAGCAACAACAGCAGCAGCAUCCGCCGCAGUCACAGCUGGCACACAGCUGGAACUAAGUAGCAGCAGCAACAGCAACAGUGGCGUCGGCGCCAACAGCAGCAGCGGCGGCACAGCCGGCGCUGAGCAACAGACAGCAGAGGAGUCACUUCCACAUCAUUCGCAGCUGGAUGCACAGUCGGAGGAGCAACAUUCCAAUCGGCGUCAUUUGAAAUCUCGCCGUUUCGCCUACUUUCGACGCACCCAAAGUCUGAGUAAUUCCAUAGAUAAGAGCCCAGCCCUGACCCAGGCGGCAAUCGCCUCUUCAUCCUCAUCCUUUGCGGCCGCCUCGGCACGCAGCUGUCACAUUUGCUACGUCAGCAAUUUGGGUAAAGACAUUUUCAAUUUGCCCUACGCAGCAUCAAUCAGCUAUCAGCAACAACAGCAACAGCACCAACCACUGCAACAGCAACAGCAGCAGCAGCAACAGUUGCUGUCACACAAGAGCACUGUUGCGGAUGCCAUACAGCGCUUGCCGCCGCCGCCCGUUGCUUGCAGCAAUUCGCGGUUUGCCAUCGCCAAUGAUACAUUCUGUCGUCGCAAGCAGAACAACAACAAUAAGAAUCUAAACAAUAAAGUUCGCGACGGCUGCGCCAAGAAGAAGUAUAAUUUUACCAUAACAACGCUCUCAAGAUCAGCCAAGGGAUCCACGGCAAUAACAACAACAGCAGCUGUUGCAACUGCAACGGGAGGAGUAGCAGCAGCAGCUACAGCUGUUGCAACUGCCGCUGCUGGCGCCGUCAAGCCAAUGCGACAGUCGCAGCUUAAACAGCGUGAGUUGAACAACAGCAGCAACAACAGGGCACAGCAGAUCAGUAACAGCAACAGCAACAGCAACAGCAACAACAUUGCUAACAGCAGCAACAGCAGCAGCUCUCAGUUUACUAUACCGCGCAAUGGCGUUUUUAUAGCUGUUAACGAAUGGUCGGAGCCAGCAGCACGGAGCAGCAAUAGCAACAGCAGCAGUGGCAGCAACAGCAAUCGCCACAAUAUGCAGCACUGUGAUAUAACAAGCAACAAUAACAAUGCCAACAACAGUAGCAGCAGCAAUAGCAAUAGCAACAAUAACAGCAGCAGCAGCAAUAGCAGCAGUAGCAAUAACAAUUGCAUUGUUAGCAAUAAACUGAAUCAGCAGCUAUAUGAGAACGAAUGUGUUGCCAUUGCACAGCAGCAACAACAACAACAGAUGCAGCAGCAACAACUACAGCAGCAACAGCAGCAGCUUAGAUCGGAGCCCAUGGCACCAAUUUAUGCGCAGGUUAAUAAACAGCACAAGCUGCACAAAAAGAAGCUUAGCAGCAAUGAGACACAGCCGGCAGCAACAACAGCAUUGCUGCUGGGCAACAACAAUAGCAGCAGUAGUCAUAGCAACAACAGCAGCUUCGAUGUCAGCGAUACAACAACAACAAUAGCAGCAGCAUCAGCAGUCGGAAUGGCAACAACUAAUGAGCACAGCAGCAGCAGCAAUGACGCCAAUUAUAUGGAAGCUGAUGCCAGCACAACAGCAACAGCAGCAGCAGAAGCAGCUGGAGCAGCUACAAAUGUUGCAACAACAACAGAUUAUUAUCACGCAUCUGAGCAUUCAAUAUACGCCAAGGUGUGGAAAGGACCGCGCAAAACGACUGAAUCCAAAAUCACACAUGAGGCAGCAAGUGGCUUGGCGUCGACACCGGCCAGCAGCAGCAGCAGCAGCAAUCGCCUCAUUGUUCAACCGGCGCGCAACGACAAUAAACCGCAAUCGAUGCUUCUGCAAGGCAGCCGCAAGAUGUGGACAUGCGGCAAAUGUUCCUAUGCCUACAAUCGUCUCUGGUCCGAAUCCUGUGAGAUGUGCGAGACAUUAGCCAAGCAGCAGCAGCAGCAGCAACAGCAGCAGCAGCACCAACAGCAGCAGCUGCAGCUGCAUCAGGCGGAGCUACCAGCAGCCAGUAUUGCUGUGGAGCCACGCAACGAUGAGCCCUGGACAUGCAAGAAGUGCACCCUGGUCAACUACUCAACGGCGAUGGCCUGCAUCGUCUGCGGCGGCUCCAAGCUGAAGAGCAUCUCCUCGAUCGAGGACAUGACACUCCGCAAAGGUGAAUUCUGGACCUGCAGCCAUUGCACGCUGAAGAAUUCGCUCUCCGUCGGCUUGUGCAGCGCAUGCAAAUCGAUGCGUUUGCUGCCAGUCGAUUCGAUACGCGAACGACCCGAUGGCCAGUCCUAUGAGGAGCAGGAUCCAGCGGCUGGCAGUCAGACUGCGGGUGAACUGAAUACGCCGACGGCGACGCCAACGCAGCUGCAAUUGCCGCCAGUGGCGCAUCGUAAUUCUCGCAGCCCCUCGCCCAGAUCGGCAGCGGGAGCAGCCGCUGCAGUGGGCGGGCCAACGGCAGGAGUGGCGGCAGCAUCCGCAGCCGCCGCAGCAGCAGCAGCGGCUGCCAUCCAGCUGCAACAGCAACAGCAGCGCAGCUCCUCGGGCGCCAUACCGAAGCGUCACAGCACCGGCGGCUCAAUAGUGCCACGGAACAUAUCGAUGGCCAUGCCUGCUCCCACAGCCAGCUCAUCCUACAAUCUGCAGCAGCAGCAGCAGCAGCAACAGCUGAUCCUGCCGGGCAGUUCGAUCAAGAAAUGGCAGUGUCCCGCCUGCACCUAUGAGAACUGCGCCGCAUCCGUCGUCUGUGACAUUUGUUCGAGCCCGCGCGGCCUGAUGCAGGCGGUGCUCAGCGAAGCGCUGGCCCGCAAAUCGAUGCGCAUCACGGCGCUGGGCACCGAAAUACGCCAGGAGAGCAAACUAAUGGAGAAUCUGCGCCAGCUGGAGGAGACAGAGGCACUAACCAAAUGGCAGAAUAUCAUACAAUAUUGCCGGGACAACAAUGAGCUGUUCGUCGACGAUUCGUUUCCGCCGGCCCCGAAGAGCUUGUACUACAAUCCGGCGAGCAGUGUGACCGAUGGCGGCAACCCGGUGGUGCAAUGGCGUCGCCCACACGAAAUCAAUUGCGAUGGCGGCGCAUAUCCACCGUGGGCCGUGUUCCGUACACCGUUGCCCUCGGACAUCUGUCAGGGUGUCCUGGGCAAUUGCUGGCUCCUGAGCGCCCUGGCUGUGCUGGCGGAGCGCGAGGAUCUGGUAAAGGAGGUGCUGGUUACCAAAGAGAUCUGUGCCCAGGGCGCCUACCAGGUGCGCCUCUGCAAGGAUGGCAAAUGGACCACAGUGCUGGUGGAUGAUCUGUUGCCGUGCGACAAGCGCGGUCACCUCGUCUACUCGCAGGCCAAGCGCAAGCAGCUCUGGGUGCCGCUCAUUGAGAAGGCAGUGGCCAAGAUUCAUGGCUGCUACGAGGCACUCGUCUCCGGACGGGCCAUCGAGGGCCUGGCCACGCUGACGGGCGCACCCUGCGAGAGUAUACCGCUCCAGGCCAGCUCACUGCCGAUGCCCAGCGAGGAUGAGCUGGACAAGGAUUUGAUAUGGGCUCAGCUGCUGAGCUCGCGCUGUGUACGCUUCCUGAUGGGCGCCAGUUGUGGCGGCGGCAACAUGAAAGUGGAUGAGGAGGAAUAUCAGCACAAGGGUUUGCGUCCACGGCACGCCUACUCGGUGCUGGAUGUUAAGGAUAUACAGGGACAUCGAUUGCUGAAAUUACGCAAUCCCUGGGGCCAUUAUUCGUGGCGCGGCGAUUGGUCCGACGACUCGGGCUUGUGGACGGAUGAUUUGCGCGAUGCCCUAAUGCCGCAUGGCGCCUCUGAAGGCGUCUUCUGGAUCUCGUUCGAGGAUGUGCUUAACUAUUUCGAUUGCAUUGACAUAUGCAAAGUGCGCUCCGGCUGGAACGAGGUGCGUCUGCAGGGCACUCUGCAGCCCCUCUGUUCCAUUUCAUGUGUCCUGCUCACCGUGCUGGAGCCCACCGAAGCGGAGUUCACGCUCUUCCAGGAGGGUCAACGCAACUCGGAGAAAUCACAGCGCUCCCAAUUGGAUCUCUGCGUUGUCAUCUUUCGCACACGUUCACCGGCAGCGCCAGAGAUUGGACGACUGGUCGAGCAUAGCAAGCGACAGGUGCGCGGCUUUGUCGGCUGUCACAAAAUGCUGGAGCGGGAUAUCUAUUUACUAGUGUGUCUGGCCUUCAAUCACUGGCACACGGGCAUCGAGGAUCCCCAUCAGUAUCCACAAUGCAUAUUGGCCAUACACAGCUCCAAGCGUUUGCUGGUGGAGCAAAUAACGCCUUCGCCCCAUUUGCUGGCGGAUGCGAUCAUUAGCUUAACCCUGACCAAGGGCCAAAGGCAUGAGGGACGCGAAGGCAUGACGGCCUACUAUUUGACCAAGGGCUGGGCUGGAUUGGUGGUCAUGGUCGAGAAUCGGCAUGAGAAUAAGUGGAUACACGUCAAGUGCGACUGCCAGGAGAGCUAUAAUGUGGUCUCAACGCGCGGUGAACUCAAAACUGUGGAUUCUGUGCCGCCGCUGCAAAGGCAGGUGAUCAUUGUGCUCACCCAACUGGAGGGCAGCGGCGGCUUCAGCAUUGCCCAUCGGUUAACGCAUCGUUUGGCCAAUUCGCGUGGCCUUCACGAUUGGGGUCCGCCGGGCGCCACCCACUGUCCGCCCAUUGAAAAUGUGCACGGGCUGCAUGCGCCGCGCUUGAUAACAUAAUCGAUCACUACAAUGGAGGAGGAGUGGCAUUAGUUCAAAACAAAAGCAUAAAACAAAAACACAAUAUAUAUAUAUUUAUA